GCGCCAGACAUGUCCAGCAGUAGCAUCUUCGGCGACCCCCCUCCCGGGACAGACCUGACGGCAAGCCGGCGCGCAGCAAACAAUGCGGCGGUCAUCGUGACCUAUCUUUUGGCGGCAGGAGCCAUUGCCCUUCGAUAUGUUGCCCGAGCCCGGGUGCAACAGGCUGAGAUUGCGGUCGACGAUUGGAUGAUCCUAGCUGCUCUGUUGUCCGUGACGGCCAAUUUUAUGUCCACCCUUGUCGGAGGGUACUAUGGCCUCGGAAAGCAUGUGUGGAGUGUUCCCCUGCCCGAUGUGGUCAAAGUGAUCCAGAUUUUGUUCGCCUAUGUCCUCAUAUACGUCGUCACUGUGCCAUUGAUCAAAUUGUCGGUCCUCCUUUUCUACCGUCGCGUUUUUGGGAUGAACCGAGCCAUGUGGUUCUGUGUGGCGUUGACCAUGGGCUACUGGAUCUCCUGCACCGUGGCGUUUCUGGUUUGCUGCCGGCCGGUCUCUUAUUAUUGGACACAGUACACUGAUCCCAGUGGAGGGAGAUGUGUCUUCGAUCUCUACCCAUUUUAUAUUGGUAAUGCGGCUGCGAAUGUAACCACCGAUGUAAUCAUUCUGCUGGUUCCCAUGCCCCUCAUUUGGAAGCUUCAUAUGAGGACCACCCAGAAAGUCCUUGUCUGUAGCAUCUUUAUGCUUGGCGGAUUCGUCUGCGUGGCCAGUAUCAUCCGCAUCUAUUACAUGACCUUUCUUAGCAACUCUCUGGAUAUCACUUGGAUUAUGGGGAAUGUCUUCAUCUGGUCCAGCGUAGAGCCCUGUAUCGGGAUUGUCUGCGCCUGUCUGCCUACCCUGCAGCCACUCCUACGGCACUCGAUCCAGCGCAUUUUCGGUUCCCGCGCGGGACGUUAUUGGGGAAGUUCUGAGAAUAAGCAGUUCAGCCGGAAUGGGAGGAUAGUGAGGAGGCCUAGAGACUGGGAUGAGUCUCUGCUUGCCACGCAGACGGUUCUCGUUGAGAUGGAUGGAAAGCGGGGAGAGGAUGAGAAUGAAGACGGCAAGAUCGUGAUCGAGACCGAGUUUCGGAUGGCCGAAGAAAGCAAGCCGGGGGUGUAGGACGUAUCACGUGCAGCGAAUCCAUCUUAUUCUUUUUCCUCAAUGUUUUACUGCCUCCCAUUCAUUCUUUUCUUCUUUGGCAUCCAAUCUGCAAG